GACGACGACGGGGCCUCAAGCUGUCAAUCAACAAUGAGCCGUCAAUCAAUGAUGAGGGAACGGACAAAUGUGUCUGUGCUUUAUCAGAUUUCACGAACGUACCAAAGGCUAUACGCGAUAUAUAAGUAAACCAAUGUGAUAAUGGUUAACACUGAUUGUUUGGGGAGGAUCACAUACGUUACAAGGAGGACCGUUCUCUUCCAUCCCUUUUCCCUCUCGGUUUCCGGCGGACGAAAUAUUCCGACGGACCAGAAAACCGGAACUCUGUGUGACGUAGCUUGGGGGGCAUUAACUGCAAUAUUUUAUUAUCUAUCAUUUUCAGAAUAUAUUUAAUACAAAGUACUGUGUUUGAUAAUUCUCUAAUCAUUGUGUUACCAGAAAUUAUUUUAAUAAAUGUGAAGCGUAUUGGUUUGGGCUGAGGGCAACGCCCACUUGGUCUCCAGGGCAACGGGUCCGUUUGGGAGGCGUUCCAAUAACAUAACGUCGGUCGAGUUUGUUUUUACAACUAAAGAUUGAAACUAAGAUGCCGAGAUCCAAGUACUACACCCCCGACGAGGUGUCCGCUCACAACUCCGCGGCCGACCUGUGGGUCUCCUUCGUGGGCAAAGUGUGCGACCUGACGCCGCUGGUGAGGGAGCACCGAGGUGAUAUUCUGCUGCUGCCAAUUAUUGAAUGCGCAGGAAAGGAUAUCAGCCACUGGUUCGACCCCAAAACGAAAGACAUCCUCACCCACGUCGACCCGAUGACCAGCUGCGUGAAGUACUUCACCCCCAGGGGGCGCUUCCUGCACGUCCCCCCGCCGCGGCCCCGCAGCGACUGGGACAACGACUUCGGCCGGCCGUGGUGGAGGGACCCGCGGUACGAGGUGGGGUACCUGACCGCCAAGUCGCGCUGGGUCCGGGUGGUCAACACCCUGACCUCCCAGGAGCAGCUGCUAGAGGUGUGUUCGGAGGAGACGCUGGAGGAGGUGUUGCAUCGCUACGUGCGCUACAACGCGCACGCCGGCAGCUACACCUGGAAGCACGCGGGCACCCCGCUCCUCAUGGACCGCACCCUGGGGGAGAACGGGGUCCCGGACGAGGACCCCGACAUGGACCGCUGCCGGCUGGACCGGGACCUCUUCACCCCCGCCAUCUGCCUGUACUUCAACGACGACCUCACCGAGCUGUGACACUGGGGGGUUAUUAUGGUCUGUAUGCUACGAAGUCUGACGAGGGUCUGAAUGGUAUUAAAGUCCAUGGAUGGUGUUAUCGGGAGAGUGUGUUUAUUAUAGGUUUUAUUAUGGUCUGGAUGUGUUUAUUAUAGGUCUUAUUACAGUCUGUAUGCGUUAUCAUUGUCUGUGUGUGUUAUUAUAGGUUAUAGGUCUUAGUAUGUUCUAUAUGGGCUGUACGUGUUGUUAUAGGUUCUAGGUUUUAUUAUGGUCUGUGUGUUAUUAUAGGUCUUAUUACAGUCUGUAUGCGUUAUCAUGGUCUGUGUGUUAUUAUAAGUUAUAGGUCUUAUUAUGUUCUGUAUGGUCUGUAUGUGUUUAUUGUAGGUUAUAGCUCUUAUUAUGGUCUGUAUGUGUGUAUUAUAGGGUAAAGAUCUUAUUAUAACUCCUAACUUCCACUCCUACCUUGAUAGAACAAAGCAGUCUGAAGUUUCUGUACCGCAUCCAGGGAAUGUAAUGCAGGCUGUUCCAUUACAUCAAGAUUAAUGAUCUCCCAUCUAUAGAUAUCUCCACAUAGCUCCUCUACAGCACGCCAGUACAGAAUGUACCAAGACUAUUGACAGAGGGCCGAAUUUCGUUACUCAUCAAAUGUUUAUUACAGUGUCUUUUCAUGCAGACGGUGUCCAAAUGGCUCUUUUUAUAUUUUCAACCCACUUUAUAUGACAAUGGAAA